GUAAUCUCCUAAGUUGCACCUAUAAUAAGGACUCUUUUGAUAUAUAAAUCUCCAUUCAUAGUCCUACUGUAACACUAUUUCCAUUUACUUUGACAAUUUCUCCCUAAACCUAUUAAAAUCCUCUUCUACAACAACGACUACAAAGUCUUUUUCACUACAAAAAUUUCAUCAAAGUCUACUAAGAAUUAAAAAAAAAAUCAAGAAUCAUGAUGAAGGAGCUUUUUCAGAAAAGGCUAAGUGCCUUUUACAACAAUUGGAUAUUCAACAAGAAAGAUUUAUGGGGUAAUUCUGAUGUUGUUGUAAUCCAUACACAACAGCAAGAGAAAGAUUAUUUAUGGGGUUAUUCAGUUUCAUCACAGUUUUAUUUAUGGCUUAUUGGUGAACAACUUGAUGAUACAACAACUAUUUUUACUUCUUCUGCUAUAUACUUUUUAUGUAGUCGGAAAAAUUAUUCAAAGAUUCGAUCUUUGUGUUGUUCUGCAACUGUUGUGAAUAAAAUCCCCGUUUCUGUUCAAUUGAAGGCCAAUAAUGAUGAUGGGUUGGUGUUAAUUGAUGCUACCAUACGUAACGAGAGGGCUAUUCGUAACAAGAAGUUGUUUGCUCAUCGUUUUGAUGAUGAUGGAAGUUGUCCGUUUGUGUUGGGGUAUGUAUUAGGUGAGUUUCCCAGGUCUAAACUUUUUUGGAAUUGUUUUAAUGAAUUAGAAACAGGAAGGUUUAAGGCUAUUGAUGUGAGAUGUGGUGUUAGUAAGAUUAUGUGUACUGUUGAUAAACCAGUCUUUGGCGUUGAUAAAGCGAUUAGUGUUGCUGAUAUGCCAGUUUUUGGGGUCGGUGUGUCUGGGAAAGAGGUGGCUCCUAAGCAUGUUUAUAGGCCUCCUGUUAAUGCCAGUAAAGAAAAGGGAGUUUUGAAGGGAAAGGGAGAAGGUAGUUUGUGGGGGGGACACGUUGAUCAACUGUUUAUGGAGGCGAUGGAGAAUAGGUCUGUUUUGUUGGAGAAAGAGGAGAGUAUUCCAGAAUUGACAUUUGAGCCAAUGGAAUUGAGGAAGAAGGGGAGUGAUUUGGGUUCUCAGUAUGAGCUAAAGAGGUUCCUAUGGGGUGAUAAAGGGAAAGGGGGAUUGAGUAGGGUGAAUGAAAAUCCUGUAUCAACUACCAAAAUGACUGAAAAUGUUUCGGCGUUGAUGGGGGAUCUUAAUCUAUCUUGUUCUCCGUCCAGUGGAAAACAAGACAAAUUAAGACUAGCAAACAUAGGUGGUGGUCAGCAGUUUAAGUUUGGAGGAAAUAGGUUGGAUGUUGGUAAAGAAGAGAAUUCGAAGGCUGGAAACAGAAAUGUUGAUCAAGUGUUUAAGUCUGGGGCUAGUACUUUGGAUGCUAAGGAGGGCAAGUUAGAGGAAAUAAAGGAAAAUGAUGAUGCAGUGUUUAAGUUUGGGUCAAGUAAAUUGGAUGGUAAAGACAGCAGGUCGAAGGAAGUUAACAGAGAUGGUGAUCAGCUGGUGAAGUUGGGAGAAGGAAAGAAAGAUGGGGAUCAGCUGUUUAAGAUGGGAGAAGUAAAGAAAGAUGGUGAUCAGCAGUUUAAGAUUGGAGGAAAGCGAGGCAGGAGCCUUCAGCCUCAGAUGAUGGAGGAGAAGAAAGGUGCAAAGGAUCUCAAGCUGCUUGCGGAAAGAUUAACAGCCUUCUACUCAAGCUGGAGGACAUACAAAGAAGAGCAAUGGGGGAAAGCAGAUGUUUUGGUGAUUACUACUCAGUCAAAGGGACCACUUGAAUCCUUGUCUCAUCCUGUAUCCUCUAGCUUCUUAGUGUGGUUGCUUGGUGAUGAGUUUCCGGAAACCACAGCUGUUUUUACAGACACUGGAAUAGAAUUUCUAUGCACCAAGGACAGUUUCUUCAGGCUUCGUGCAAUUGGAAUUCGUAUGACAAUGGUUGCAAAGGUUACUGUUUCUGUGCAGCUGAAGAAACGAGGAGAGCUGUGUUCAGAUUGGUUAAGAAAAACUUUGUGCCAGGUGAAUGCUGCCCCUAGGUCUGGAGUAAACUGCCCGCUUGUUGUGGGAUGUAUUAGCUGGGAAUCUACGGAGAUAGGGGUUCUUUCACAUUCCAAAAUGUUUGAAGUUGCAUAUGUAGACCAGUCUUUAAUCAAUCUGUUUGAACAGGGGAGUUUUGAGUUUGCAGCUCAACAUUCGACUUUGCCUAAGCAAUUUCAGAUGUUGUCCUUGGAAACAUCAACUGGUGCAAAAACUGCAAGUGCAUUAUCACUCUCUGAGGUUGCCAAGAUGAAGUCAAUGGAUGACAAUUCUUAUGUGUCACAUACACCUGAAGAAGAGAAGUUGUUGGAGAAGAAGGGCGACACAUCGUCUUCGUUGCCUACUGACGCUACAGUGGAUAAUGCAGGACAAGUUGAGCGAAGCAAACUUGCAGAUAAGAUGCUUUUACUUGAUAUAAAGGAGGAGGGUGAUAUGGACACCUCUAUCACAGAAGACGGUGCAGAAGAAAAGCUGCAAGUGAAGGAAUGUGGAGAGCAAUCCACACCAACUACAGAAGGUGGAAUGGAUCACAGUAUCCAGCCAACUGAUGUUACAGAUGCUGCAUCAGAAAAUUCUUUACCAGAUGACAAAAAUGGCCGCCCGGGAAAGAAAUCUGCUGGCUCUGAUCACGAAGAUGAUGAUUGGACAUUAAUUGAGAUGGAAUGUGAAGGGCAAGAAGCAGAAGUAGCCGAGAGAGUCAGCUGGAAAAGGUGGUUCAUGGAUAAAACCGUAAAGUCAUUUGGUCUUAAAGACGAGGUAUCCGAUGAAGCACCAUCAAAGAGGACCAAGGCUUGAUCCAUAAGUAUAUGAAGCACCAUCAUGGAGGGGACCAAGGCUAAUCCAAAUGUACAUAUCUGCAGUUUUUCCUCUGUUUAAUUAGCUGCUAGGAACAGUUUUAGUGGUCAAUAAUGCUCUUGAUUUUCUAGGUCAAUAAUUUGAACUGCUUUUCUCAGAACGUCGUCAUAACAUUAAGUUUAAACAUGGUUCCAUCGUGUUAGCGAUAAGUGCCUUGUUUUGUCUCGUGAUGUUUAUAUUGGGCAUCUAUUUCA